AUGGUUAGCAGCUGUAUAUGGAAAUUCUUGGACGAAAGCUCCUUAAAAGAUUAUACUUUAUUAAUUCCAAGUGUGGCAGUUGGUAAUGUCGGUCAACUUGCUUGUGACUUGCUUAUUUCUUCUUUAAAAAUGACGAAAAUGGGUUCUGUAUAUAGCCCGGCACAAAUUCCUGUUAUAGGAUAUAAUCCGUAUAAUUUAAAAUCGGAUACUAUUUCGACAUCUUGUGAAAUUUACAAGUCGCAAAUCAAGAAGCUAUGUGUGUUACAACUCAGAUCUCCAGUAAUAUUUAAAUAUGCUAAGACUUUUUUAGAAGAAGUCGUUAUGAUGUUUAUGGAAAAAAAUAUUAAAGAUAUAAUCAUUUUAACUAGUAGCUUUGCUCAUGAAAAAAAGCAUAUCUUAAGUUCACCAUUUAGAUAUGUUGGAAAUGAAGAAAACUGUUAUAUGGAUAUGAUAAAGGCAGCAAAUCUAGUAAAACAUGAGAAUUAUGAUGGCGAACUUAGAAUUUUUGGAGGUGGCUUUGCUAGUUUACUUUAUGAAAUUUGUAUUUGCAAGAAAAUUCCAGCUUUAAUAUUAUUCAAAUAUUGUUCCGAAGGAGACAAUAUACCUGAUGCGUAUGAUAUGGUAAAAUAUUUAACAAAUUUCCUUCCUAUUUUCAAUGAAGAAAAGGAUAUAUCUUCACAAUUCGUACAACCUGUUUCUUGGACUUUGUUGUUUGGCAGACCUCCCCCGCAAGACAUUUAU